AUGAACAAGCGCGAGCUUAUAGAAAGCGAAAGUACUGUACGUCGUCGCGCGCGCGCCGCUUUCGUUUUUCUUUCAUUGAUAAAUUUACUACAUUAAACGUAUGAUUUUUAAAAAAGUAAUAGAAUGAUCGCAAGUUUUAUUUUGUCGACAGUUUCCACUCCUUUCUUCGGAUCGUAAAGCGGAAUGUCAGAUAGACUGUAGCGGCGAUGUACAGAGACAAGUGUGUGGAACAGACGGACGGACGUACGACUCCAAAUGUGAAAUCAAUCGAGCAAAGUGCGAAGGUCAUCCUGUCGAAUUCAAACAUCGCGGAAAGUGUUCAGAAAUGGCUCGAUGCACGGCUCAGAGGAGUGUGGCACAAGCCGAAGCGAGAAAGUUUGUCGAGGGCGUGUUUAUACCGGAAUGCAAAGAGGACGGUAGUUACUCCGAAGUCCAAUGUCAUUCCUUCACAGGUUAUUGCUGGUGUGUCAAUCAUUUAGGCAAACCCAUCCCAGGUUCCUCCAUCAGGUACCAAAGACCAAACUGCGCUCAACCAGUCAAAUCAUUUUGUUACUUACAGGAAAGAGGAACAACAGGCGUAGAUCCUCUCAUAUUAAUAAAAAGAAGGGUUGUAGCAAUAACGACAGAUCGUUAUUUAAUACGAAUUUAAUUAAUUUAUUUAAAUCUGAAUAUUUGAGGAUUUUUCAUACCAUGCAAACGGAUAACCCUCUAGAAACAGAGAUACACAGGGUUAUUCAGUGGAAAUUUGGUGAGUUGGAUAAGAAUCAAGACGACAAUUUGAGGAGGAGAGAGAUCAAGGAUCUUCGAAGAAUGGCCAAGAAGAUAGUGAAACCACGCUCUUGCGCCAAGAGUUUCACGAAAUAUUGCGAUCUGGAUCAAGAUAAAAAGAUUACGCGAAAAGAAUGGUCUGCCUGUCUCGGAGUAGAUAUGAAUAUUUCUUUUCGUCUAUUUAUGUCCUUAAAUUCAGAGGAACAGGCUGGAAAAGAAGAAGAUCAAGUUCACAUCUUGCCAACAGUCGAUUCGGACGAAUUACAAGAAAAGCAGAAACCAAUACUGAAGAACGACGAUAACACGGGAGAGAUGGACGAUGCGGAAAAUGAUAUUCAAGAUUGCCUGACGGCACGGAAAAUUGCACUGGAAACACACAGACAAGAUCCGAACGGAAAAGUUUACAUUCCGAGUUGCACUCAGCAAGGCCUGUACGUGCGCGAACAAUGCCAUAAAUCAGCGGGUUAUUGUUGGUGCGUUCAUCCAAAUACGGGAAAACCCAUUAGAGGAACCGCCACGCAUGGUAUACCACCAGAUUGCAGGAGGGCCAACAGAAAAUCGCACGUAUUUAAAGGUUGUUCACUUCAGAAGAGGCAAUCGUUCUUGGAAGAAUUGCUAAAUUCCAUCGAAGAAGAAGUCAAUGAAACUGUUAUCAGUUCAAUUUCGGUUAGUAAGAAAGUGGAAGAAAUAGUGAAGUGGAAAUUUCGUUAUCUGGACAAUAAUCAAAAUCAGUUAUUGGAUAAAAGAGAGUGGUUAGAAUUUCGCCACCAAUGGAAAAACUUCUUAAAAAACAACAAGAGGAGGAGAAAAUUAAGGAAACUUCGCAAGUGUUGGAGGAAUUUCCCUAGAUUCUGCGAUAUAAAUAAUAAUAAUAAAAUAACCAUGGAAGAAUGGAUGACGUGCACGGGUAUCAUUAGGAAUGAUAACGGAGCUAUCAAACGAAGAGGACCCAAUCCUUUUGAUAAAAUACUAAUAAGUGAUUGAGUUUCUGAUCGCGUAGUGUUUUAAUAUACUCGAAAGAAGAAGAAGAAGAUAAACCGAAUUUUAUCAGUCUGAAAGCUGAUUAAUGAAAAGUUUGCCAAUUCCAGAUCUCAUUUUUCAUUCUCUAACAUUAGAAAUUCUAUCGAAACGUGUGAAUAUUCUGAUAAUUCUUUUUUGGUUAAUUGAAACUACACACUUUGCAGAUAAAUUGUGCCAUAAAUUCUAUUAGAAAUAUAUAUGUGUGUGUAUAAAUAUAUAUACUAGUCUUUGGGGCAUUGUAUUAAUAUUUUAUCCAAAAUUUCUUUAUCAUUUAAUGUAAUUUCUUCUUGUAAAAUGAAAAAUCAUCAUCAUCAGUUCCUACAUAAAGUGCAAACAUUCACUAUGUUAAAAUAUAUUAUUUUUUUUUUCUAAUGGCUAAUGUAUAUAUAUAUAAGAUAAAUCUAUUGUGUAUUUUUUAAACAUAUUUUUAUAACUUUUAUUCUCCGAUUUAUUUGGUUUAGUUCAGUGUUAGAGGUGCCAUAUUUGUUACUGUUUUUUUCCCGUCCUCGCUUGGGUUGAGAAACUUUUUUUUUAAAUUAUUUUAAACGAAUUCUGUAUGUCAAGUGAUGAAAAUAAAUUGUUUUUUAAAUUGUUAAUUUGUUUCUUUUUAAAUUUAUUAAAAUUUAAUAUAAAUUUGACGUAAUUACGUGGCUGUUAUUUGAAGCUGUGGGCGCGAAUUUUGAAGUUAAACGUGUAGAAACACACAAAAUAACUCAAGUAGAUAAUUGGAAUGCAAGAAAAAUGUUUUAUAUUAUGUUAUAGCGUUUUCUACGGGAAUUUACAGAGCUUGUAUGGGGCCCGGAAGUAAAGCGUGGACUCUUUUCCACUGCUGCUUCAAAUAAAUGUACUGUACUGUACGUAGAAUGUUUCUUUAUUAAUAAAAACAGCAUU